AUGUUUUUACAUGCUCUCUGCUUGGGUGAAGUACAAUCAGUGUUAACUUUUAUUUCUUCAAUUAUUAUUUUAAUUCUUUCGGCUAAUUCUAUUCUUAUACCAACUUUUAUUUGGACAUGGAUAUCAUCUAGUUUAAUUACUUUUGUAUUUUAUUUUAUUCUUGUCAUCUUGCUUACACGAUGGCUUGCUCGUGGUGGACAAUAUCCAGAAAUUCAUACAACUAAUUUAGAUGGACAAACAUUUUUAAUUACGGGUGCUGCUGGUGGAAUUGGAAAAGAAACCGCAUUUGAAUUAGCAAAACGAGGUGCUCGAGUUAUAUUAUUUGCACGAUCUACAAAGAUAAAUGAAAUUGUAAAUGAAGCAAAAAAAGUUGCUCGAUCAUCGGAUAAUGUUACUGGUUAUUCACUUGAUUUAGCUGAUUUACGAUCAAUAAAAAGUUGUGUUGAAAAAUUUAUGAAAAAUGAAAAUGAAAAUAUAAAAAUUACAGCAUUAAUUAAUAAUGCGGGAGUAAUGGCGUGUCCUUACGGAAAAACUAAAGAUGGAUUUGAAUUACAAAUGGGUACAAAUCAUUUUGGUCAUUUUUAUUUUACACAACUUCUUUUAUCUCGUCUUCGAUCAGCACGUAUUGUUAAUGUUUCUUCUGCUGCUCAUGGUAUGUGGCGUGUACCUUGUGAUGAAUUUCAUUAUAAUCAAAUGUAUAAUUCAAAUACAUAUCAUCGAUGGUCUGCUUAUUCAUUAAGUAAAACAGCAAAUAUUUUGUUUACACGUGAACUUCAACGACGUUAUUCUACAUCAUAUAAUAUUCAUGCUUAUUCAUUACAUCCUGGCACGGUCAAUACCGAAUUAGAUCGACAUUUAGGUACUUCUGAUAUUAUGCGUAAAAUAGCGACACCAAUAAGAUAUAUAUUAUUUAAAACACCAUUAGAAGGAGCACAAACAACUCUCUAUUGUGCAUUAUCAAAUAAAGCUAAACCAGGUGAAUAUCAUGUUGAGUGUCAACCAACAUCGGUUCUUCAAAAAUAUGCAGAAGAUGAUAGACUAGCUCAACAAUGGUGGGAUUAUUCAGAAAAAAUGAUCAAUGAAAAACUUAAAGAAAUUGAAAAAUAA